AUUUUAUGUUACAGACGCGCGUUUUUUUCUAAAGAAUGACAUAUCUUCGACAACACUUGAGGUAUUACACGCUCGUGAUAAUUUUCAAAACGCGCACUUCUUCCAGAUUAAAUAAAAUUAAGCAAAAACAUAUAUUUUAAUGUUCUUAAUUAAUAGCGGCGUGCAAUCGUAUUCUGGAUGCACAGUACACUCAUAGCUUGGAGAAAAAUAAAAAAGAUGCUGAACAUAUUACACCAAGCGGUUGGCUUCUCUAGGGUCUCCAGCCUGGGCAACCCAGCCCUUUAAUGCAACUGUUCAUGGAAUACGGAGCUACCAAGAGGACGUUACCACCAAAGUCCUCGGCGGACUGCUUGGCCGCGAGCGUAUGUGAAAGAUGAGUGGCGCUUGGUUCGCCAGCAGGACGCUUCUUUACAAUGAUGGGACCGCGCACUCAGUCACAGCCAGAGGUGAGCAUGAUCCCACCACGUCGCUCCUCCACUCCUGGUGACAGGCUAUCUGUGGAGACGGCCCAGAAGAACAGUGGGGUUAUACUGGACAGCUCAGCACUGAGGAUGGCUGACGUGGACUCCGAGGUGCCACCCUUACCCCCGCGCUACCGCUUCCGAGACCUACUGCUGGGAGAUCAGUCGUUCCAGAAUGAUGACAGGGUACAGGUGGAGUUCUAUGUGAAUGAGAACACCUUUAAAGAGAGACUCAAGCUCUUCUUCAUCAAAAACCAAAGGUCAAGUCUCAGAAUACGCCUUUUCAACCUCUCCUUGAAGCUAUUAACAUGUCUCCUGUACAUCCUCCGAGUGUCACUAGAUGACCCCACCACCCAAGUGACAUGUGCGCGGAAACACUGCUUAAAUGUCACGGAUGCUCUAUGCAGUAAAAUAUGUGCCAAUCAAACAGCGGACCCCUCUCACAUCAACUGGGAGUUGAUAUUCUGGGUGAACAGAAAGACUCCUGUAUGGGCAAUACAGGUGACUGUGGCCUUAAUUAGCUUCCUGGAAGCAAUGCUCUUGACAUAUCUCAGCUAUAAAGGGAAUAUUUGGGAGCAGAUUUUCCAAGUCUCCUUCAUCCUUGAGAUGAUCAAUACAGUGCCAUUCAUUAUUACAAUCUUUUACCCCCCAUGGAGGAACAUAUUUGUUCCAGUGUUCCUUAACUGCUGGCUUGCCAAGUCCGCACUGGAGAACAUGAUUAAUGAUCUUCACCGUGCCAUCCAGCGUACUCACUCUGCCAUGUUCAACCAGGUCCUCAUCCUCAUCUGCACCCUGCUCUGCCUGGUCUUCACCGGAGCUUGUGGGAUUCAACAUCUAGAGCGGGCAGGGAAAAACCUCUCCCUGUUUGACUCACUGUAUUUCUGCAUCGUCACGUUCUCCACCGUGGGUUAUGGAGACGUCACCCCGAGAAUCUGGCCCUCUCAGCUACUGGUGGUCAUCAUGAUAUGCGUGGCACUUGUGGUACUGCCAUUACAGUUUGAGGAGCUGGCGUAUUUGUGGAUGGAAAGGCAGAAGUCAGGCGGUAACUACAGCAGACACCGUGCUCAGACCGAGAAACACGUGGUGCUCUGUGUCAGCUCCCUCAAGAUCGACCUGCUCAUGGACUUCCUCAAUGAGUUUUACGCUCAUCCCAGGCUACAGGAUUACUACGUGGUCAUCCUCUGUCCCACGGAGAUGGACAUCCAAGUGCGGCGGGUUCUGCAGAUACCUCUCUGGUCUCAGAGGGUCAUCUAUCUGCAGGGCUCAGCACUGAAGGACCAGGACCUCAUGAGGGCCAAGAUGGAUGAUGCAGAGGCCUGUUUCAUCCUCAGCAGCAGAAACGAAGUGGACCGCACUGCAGCUGACCAUCAGACCAUCCUUAGAGCCUGGGCAGUGAAAGACUUUGCUCCAAACUGUCCUCUCUAUGUCCAAAUCCUCAAACCUGAGAACAAAUUCCAUGUCAAGUUUGCUGACCAUGUGGUGUGUGAAGAGGAGUUCAAGUACGCCAUGCUGGCUCUGAACUGUGUGUGCCCCGCCACAUCCACGCUGGUCACACUGCUGGUACACACUUCCCGCGGCCAGGAGGGCCAGAUGUCACCAGAACAGUGGCAGAGAACGUACGGCCGUUGCUCAGGAAACGAAGUCUACCAUAUCCGCCUGGUGGACAGCAAGUUCUUCGGGGAGUAUGAUGGGAAGAGCUUUACCUACGCCUCAUUCCACGCACAUAAGAAAUAUGGAGUGUGCCUCAUUGGCAUAAAGAGAGAGGACAACAAGAGCAUCCUUCUCAACCCCGGCCCCCGCCACAUCAUGGCCGCCACAGACACCUGCUACUACAUCAACAUUACCAAGGAAGAGAACUCCGCCUUCAUCUUUAAACAGGAAGAGAAACAUAACAAAGGCCUGCCUGUCACAGGCUUGUACGACGCCCCCUCUCGUCUCCCUGUGCAGAGUAUCAUAGCCAGCAUGGUCGAUCAGUCCACUUCGUAUGGCACGGUGGCCAUCGACCUGCAGAACACGGAGCCGCCAGCCGACAGCGGCAAGCUGGCCCUGCCCACGGAGAAUGGAGCGGGCAGCCGGCGGCCGAGCAUCGCCCCCGUGCUGGAGCUGGCUGACUCGUCCUCCAUCCUGCCCUGCGACCUCCUUGCUGACCCCUCCGAGGACGAGACCAACCAGUCGGACGAGGAGGGCGUGCCGGCACCGGACUAUGUGAAGGGAUAUCCCCCGAACUCUCCUUACAUCGGGAGUUCACCAACUCUCUGCCACCUCCUGCAAGAGAAGGCUCCCUUUUGCUGUCUGCGACUGGACAAGGGCUGUCGCCACAAUAGCUUCGAGGACGCCAAGGCGUAUGGCUUCAAGAACAAGCUCAUCAUCGUGUCGGCCGAGAUGGCUGGCAACGGCUUGUACAACUUCAUCGUUCCGCUCCGUGCCUACUACCGGCCCAGGAAGGAGCUAAACCCAAUUGUGCUGCUGCUGGAUAAUCCGCCAGAUAAUCAUUUUUUAGAGGCCAUCUGCUGUUUCCCGAUGGUGUACUACAUGGCCGGCACCAUAGACAAUUUGGAUAAUUUGCUGCAGUGCGGGAUUAUCUACGCGGAUAACCUGGUGGUGGUGGACAAGGAGAGCACGAUGAGUGCAGAGGAGGACUACAUGGCAGACGCUAAAACCAUCGUUAACGUGCAGACCAUGUUCAGGCUGUUCCCCAGUCUCAGCAUCAUCACUGAGCUCACUCAUCCCUCUAAUAUGAGAUUCAUGCAAUUUCGAGCCAAAGACUGCUACUCCCUGGCUCUCUCCAAACUAGAGAAGAUUGAGAGAGAUAAGGGCUCCAAUCUGGCCUUCAUGUUCCGCCUCCCGUUCGCUGCAGGAAGGGUCUUCAGCAUCAGCAUGCUGGACACGCUCCUCUACCAGUCUUUUGUGAAGGACUACAUGAUUCUUAUUGCAAGGCUCCUGCUUGGCCUAGACACCACCCCAGGGUCUGGCUAUCUCUGUGUAAUAAAAGUGACAGAGGAGGACCUGUGGAUCCGGACAUAUGGCAGGCUUUUCCAGAAGCUCUGUUCCUCCAGCGCAGAGAUCCCAAUCGGCUUGUACCGCACAGAAUCCCACAUGUUCUCAUCGUCAGAGUCUCAGGUGUCCGUGGAAGUGGAGGAGUGUGAGGAGGCGCGGGACCGGCGGGAGUCGUGGAAGGAAAAGACGGCCCACCGCUACUCCACAGGCAGUGACCAGUCGGAGCACCCGCUCCUGCGCAAGAAGAGCAUGCAGUGGGCACGGCGUCUGAGCCGCAGGAGCGGGAAGGCCCCCAGUCGUGCCGAGCGCAUCAGCCAGCAGCGCCUCAACCUCUACCGCCGCUCCGAGCGCCAGGAGCUCUCCGAGCUGGUGAAGAACCGCAUGAAGCACCUCGGCCUGCCCACCGUCGGCUACGAGGACGUAGCUAAUUUAACUGCAAGUGAUGUGAUGAACCGGGUAAAUCUAGGAUAUCUGCAAGAGGGUACCUACAUGACAGAGGGUACGACAGUGGCUCAGACAGAUGAAAUGAAUGACCAUCAGAACACACUAUCCUACGUGCUGAUCAAUCCUCCUCCAGACACUAUCCUCGAGCUCAAUGAUAUCGUGUACAUCAUCCGCUCUGACCCUCUGGCCCACAUGCCCGAGGAGGUCCCGGGGGGCCAGGCAGGGGCCCGGCUGAGGCAAGACUACAGCACAGAGACGCGAGGAGAGACUCACCUCUGAGGGCUGGGGUACUGCUGACCAGCCCCUGACCCACAUGAGCCCCCCACCUCCCGAGACCACAUGCCAGACAAACAUGCUGCCUCUCAAAGCCAUGGGUGCCAGACUUCCCAUCCUUUGGAUGACCUCCCCCCCCCCAAGGACCUGGAUGUGGAAUCUGUUGUGGUGAUGCCGUGGGACCUCUGGAUGUGGUCGUUGCACUUUUUGAAGUUCGAAGGAUUAGAGGAGGGCUUUAACGUAUGGAGUGGUUCGGGACCAAACGCACGGCCCACAUCCAGUUCUUUUACCGAGCAGUGUUUAAAAAAGAAAGAUAGGAAAACCGGAACGCAGUAUUCAGCUGAGGAGGUGAAGAAGAACGACAGGAACGGAUCGUGCCUGCAAGUCAGAGGCAUGAGCACUAUGGUGCAAACAGGAAAUUUCAAGAAGACAUUAAACAAUGAUGAUAUAUAUUAAUGAUUCAUUUUGUAAAUACACAUUGGUACACAUCCUUUAUACUUUCACAUGCUCACUGGAUCCAUAGCAUUCUACAGUAUGUAGUAUUGUUUUGUACUUGAAGCACAAACCUUUUACUUUAGAACUAUCCAAAAGUAAAAUCCAAGUCAUUAACUAUUAUCAACAACAAUAAGAUUAUUUCUGAAGUGAAUUGAUAUCAAGUUUUAAGUUUUGGUAUGAAAAGUCACACUGAAGAUAACCGAUCCAGUUUGAGUUCUGGAACAACACAUUGCUAACCCACUGCAAAAAGUCUCAUGCUUGUAGAACCUUAUAUUUCAAACCUUCCUAUCAGUACACAGUCCCUGUCACCUUAAGAUGAUUAUGAAUGAUCGAUUAUGAUUGAGAGUCAUCAUAAAUACUAGUGCUGCUAUAGACAGCAUAGAAACCAGUAUUUCUCACUUAAUGAAGAUUUGUGCACAUGAACUCUCAAUUUGGUCCCUGCCUGGAACAGGGAACCAGUAGAGAUUUGUAAACACUUUCAGACUAUAGGUCACUGUUACUUUUUGAUGCCUUUUGGCCUAGAGGCUAUCAAGGCAGUAUUUUUUUUCUCUUACUUUCUCUACUAUAUAGUGCCAGUUGCAUAAACUAAAUGAUGUUUAUGCUUUUAUCAUAUAUAUUUGUUUUCUGCUUAUGCAUUAUUUUAGGUUACACUUUUUUCAUUCUAAAAAUGACAAGGAUCUGCCACAUUCUUUUGCACUAAACUCUGUUGAUUUCAGAGUAGCUUAGUAUAGCAUGACCCUUUAACACCAAACUACCCAGAGAGGAGGCAGUAGUGUAAAAAAUAUUACAUUUAACAAAUUCUUUUUUUUUUUUGCAAGAAUUGCAAGUUUUUCAAAUAAUUUCUUUACUGCAUGGUUUGUUCCUUACAUGACAUUCAGUAUUAAAGCUAAGUUGAUUAAAAUCAGUUUAGGAUAGUUUCAUGACUUUUCAGGGGAAUUUUUGAUAACCAAUAUCAGAAUUACUUUUUGUUGUUGUUGUUGUUGUUUUUAUUAGGCACUUCAUGAAAGGGUGUAUUUAUAAUUAAUAUAUUUAUCUAAUUUAUCAGACACCUAGCAGCAAUUUAUUAAUGAACAUGGAGGUGCAUAAUGACUGCUGGCUCUGCAACGCUCUCCCCUCUGGGUACUGUAGUUCUUGUACUGAACACACAGUAAAGGCUACUGGCCAACACAAACGGAUAUCAUAUUGACCUGCCCAUCUCAGGUCACCAAGACAAAGAAGGAGUUUGAGGAAAGGCCAGAUGAGCAGCUGAUGAUUCACAACAGAUUAGAACUCAGCCAUAAUUCUUGACCACUUGUGUUUGUGUCCUGUUUCAAAGCAACCACUCAGUGUCACUUAAAGCGUCAUUUUCUAGGGUGCAGGGGAGGAAGCCGAGCCCACUCCUGUGACCCUGUGUUUACACACUCCCUCAUCCGAGUUCAAGGCGAUGCAGCCAGUGGACGGUUAACGCUUCUUGCCCACCGGUUACCUCAGUCGUCUUGCUCAUGUUGACUACCUUAAACUGAGUCAAAGGAAAUUAGGUAGAUUGUUUAUUUGAUACAGUAUCUUUUGUUCUACUACCAUUUGUAAAGGAUUAUGCAUAUAGUGCAUGUUAACCUAGCCUACUGAUUUCCUGCUCAAAAAUUCCAUCUGUUUCAUUGCCAAACCUCUGACAACAGCCAACAAAGUGGUACUUUACUUGGUUCUAAGUGGUUUAGAGUUAUAUGAGUACUUCAGUAGAAGUAGGAGACAAAUGGACUGUGCAUGUCCUUCCUUAUAUUCCCAGAUCUUUGAGAGACCUGUUUACAUUUGCUGGCUCCUGUUUUUGUGCAGAACAAUACAAUGUAAAAAAGAACUGAUUCAUUUUUUUUUGUACAAUUUCUUAUAUGAAGUCUGCGUACUUCUAAUAUGUAUGAAUGAUUCAAUAAAUGCUGCAUGCAGCCAGAAAUAA